UGAUACGCCAAUUCCAAAAAAACAUUCCCAUUUUCGGCUUUGCUACACCCAAUAACCUUUCAUGUGCCUAGCUCGUCUGCAUCAGUUUAAAAUAUCAAUUCUUGUAAGUUAUUAUCAUGGCAUGGAGCCUAUCUAUUGUAUUAGCAGCUGUUUAUUCCUGACCAUAUGAUUAUGACCUGUGUAAAUUUGUAACUGUAAUUGAUCAUAUUCAUAAUCUGUACAAAACAUCAUUUAUUUCAAAGUUGAUGUUAAUCAUCGAGACAACAGUUCUAUAGUAUGCAUUUUAGUUCCAAAUAACUUCUAAAAUCACCUUUGAGUUGUAGGUUUGUUAAAGGUUCCUACAAAUUUACUAUGCAGAUGGCUAAAUCAAGUACUCUUAAUUUUUUUUUAAAUAUAAUAUACUUGUGUUAUAUUGCAAGGUAGAAAUGGAUAUGAUAUGUGUUUAGAAGAUGGAAACAGAUCCCUAAGACCAUCCUUAAGGGUAAAGCUUGUAACAUUCCCAAAAAGGAAAGAAGUCAUGUGGGGUAAGAACUCUGUUCUUCUACCCUUUCUAUAAUUUGUUUGGAACUUAUAUAGGGGACCAGACCAUGUCCUAGUUCUUUUCUAAAUUUUCUUAAUUAACUCCCUCUUCACUGUUAUUUACCGUCAAAGAUGGGAAACAGAACUUAUUUUAAAAAUAAUUUAAAAACCCGCAAAAUAAGUGGGUUAAUUUUGACUGUGUUAUAUGUUGACUGAACCGUUUUGUUUUGUUUUCUAACGAAAGUAACCGAAAGACCAGAAGAGCAUUUUUCAAAUUAUUAACUCAGUGCCACAAUUCCCAAAAGAAAAUUAUUAACUUUAUAUAAUAACUGAACUUAAUGCAACAGUACUUCUCAAAGAAAAAAAGUUGUUAACUGCAUAUAUAUAAUUGAACUUGAACAUAGCUGGGUUACUUAAAAGCCUUAUCAGACAGAGAUCACAUUAAUUAAAAACUAACACCAGCUUUAGACAAAAAUACAGGAAAGCCAUAAAUACGUUUUACAUUUACAAUUUCACCCCACACUUUUUAAAUAUUCGUAGACUAAACCCGUCAGCUUUAUCAUAGACUCAUAGUACUACAGUUGUUAUGAUUUCUGAAGAUUCUAGCCGUACUCUAUUGACCCAUCAUGCCUUUCAUCUUCAAUCAUCAAAAAAACCCCUAUUUUUUAACUCACGCAAAUAAACACAGAAGAAGAACUAUCAAAAAAAUCAAAAUUAAAAAAGAUUGUUACGAACUUUAAAAAUAAUAAUGGUCUAAGGUCACGUGAGUUUCGUGCAUUACUAGUCUCUUCUUUAAUCUCUCUUCAUCUUUCUCGCGCCUAAAAGCUUCUCUCUCUUUAAUGGCGUUUUAAUUAAAAACUGGAUCUUUCUCUCUAAAGGCAGCUCCUUUCCUCUCCUUCUUCUUCUCUCAUGGCGUUUCUCAGAGCUUCCUCGUUCCUGUUUCUCCUCUUCAUCUCCGUUUCCUCUGCCUCCACCUCAGAAAGGAGCUCUCUUUUGUCCUUCAAAGCCUCCCUCGCGACCUCUCCCUCUCCCUCUCCUCUCUCUUCAUGGAACCGUUCGUCUCCCUCCCCCUGCACCUGGCUCGGCGUCACUUGCCGUUUCGGGAAAGUGAACUCUCUCUCUCUCCCUUCACUGUCCCUAAAAGGAAACUUACCUCCUUCCCUCUUCUCCUCCCUCCCUUUCCUCACCGCCCUCGACCUCUCCGACAACUCCCUCUCCGGCCUCAUCCCUCCUCAGCUCGGCCACCUCAAACACCUCCAAACCCUCUCCCUCUCCGGCAACUCCCUCACCGGCCCCCUCCCGAGUCGACUCGUCGGAAUCUUGCCUCGCCUCCUCUACCUCGACCUGAGCAACAACCGCCUCUCCGGCCCUCUCCCUCCCUCCUUCCUCCUCAGCUUCCCGGCUCUCUCCUCCCUCGACGUCUCCAACAACUCUCUCUCGGGCCUUAUCCCUCCGGAGAUCGGGAAGCUGACCAACCUCUCCGACCUCUACAUGGGGGAGAACAAACUCUCCGGCCUCAUCCCGCCGCAGAUCGGCUUCCUCUCCUCCCUCAAGAACUUCAUCGCUCCGUCUUGCCUCUUCAAAGGACCGUUACCAAACGAAAUCUCGAACCUCAAGAAGUUAGCUAAGCUCGACCUUUCUUACAACCCACUCAACUCUCCCAUCCCCAAAUCAAUCGGAGAGUUACAUAACCUCACAAUGCUGAACCUCGUCUCCACCGAGCUCAACGGUUUGAUCCCUAGGGAGAUUGGUGAGUGUAAGUCUCUCAAAACGUUGAUGCUUUCCUUCAACGAUCUCUCUGGGGGUUUACCUUUGGAGCUAUCAGAGAUUCCUUUGCUGUCGUUCUCCGCUGAGAAGAAUCGCCUCUCUGGUCGGUUACCUUCUUGGAUCGGUAAAUGGAAGGAGCUUGAGUCGCUUCUGCUUUCUAGCAACCGGUUCUCAGGAGAGAUCCCUAAGGAGAUUCAGUUUUGUCCAGUGCUGAAGCAUCUUAGUUUAGCUAACAACUUGUUAACCGGUUUGAUUCCUAGAGAGCUUUGUGGUUCAGGUGCGUUGGAAGAUAUUGAUCUCUCUGUGAACUUCCUCUCCGGAGGCAUAGAGGAAGUGUUCGUUGGAUGUACUAAUCUUCAACAGCUGGCUCUUACCAACAACGAGAUCAACGGUUCGAUACCUGAGUAUCUUUCUAACCUGAUGGCGCUUGACUUGGACUCAAACAACUUCACUGGAGAGAUACCUCUGAGUCUCUGGAACUCGACGAACUUAAUGGAGUUUUCAGCUUCUUACAACCGUCUAGGAGGCUAUUUACCUCCAGAGAUCGGCAACGCAGUAUCCUUAAAGCGUCUUGUGCUCAGUGAUAACCAGCUGAGAGGUGUGAUCCCAAGAGAGAUUGGGAAGCUGACUUCUUUAUCUUUCUUGAAUCUGAAUUCAAACGAGCUUCAAGGAGAGAUACCAACCGAGCUCGGAGACUGUACUUCUCUGACUACAUUGGACCUUGGCAAAAACAAUCUCCAAGGAGAGAUUCCAGUAAAGAUCACAGCUCUUGCUCAGCUUCAGUGCCUUGUCCUCUCUCACAACAACCUCUCCGGCUCCAUUCCUUCGAAGCCUUCCGCUUACUUCCACCAGACGGAGAUGCCUGAUCUGAGCUUUCUCCAGCACCGUGGGAUAUUCGAUCUCUCCCACAACGGACUCACCGGUCCUAUACCUGAGGAGCUAGGCGACUGUGUAGUAGUAGUUGAGAUUUUACUAAGCAACAAUCAUCUCUCUGGAGAGAUCCCAUCUUCGCUCUCACGUUUAACCAACUUGACUAAUCUUGAUCUCUCUGGAAACAGCCUCACCGGCUCCAUCCCUGAGGAGUUAGGCCACUCUCCUAAGCUGCAGGGACUCAACUUAGCUAAUAAUCACCUCAGUGGACACAUACCGAAGAGUUUCGGCCUUUUGGGUAGCUUGGUGAAGCUGAACUUGAGCAAGAAUAACCUUGAUGGUUCUCUUCCCGCUUCUCUUGGGAACUUGAAAGAGCUGACGCACAUGGACUUGAGCUUUAACAAGCUUACCGGCGAGCUUCCUUCAGAACUCUCUAAAAUGCUCAACUUAGUAGGCAUCUAUAUUCAGCAGAACAGGCUCUCAGGGUCUGUGGAGAGCCUCUUCUGCAGCUCAUCGGCGUGGAAGGUUGAGACAGUGAACUUCAGCGUUAACUUGUUGACAGGAACCUUGCCGGGAUCGUUGGGGAACUUGUCGUACUUGACAAACUUGGAUCUGCACCAGAAUCACUUCACAGGGGGAAUCCCUUCAGAGCUUGGGAGUCUCAUGCAGUUAGAGCUCCUUGACGUCUCUGAGAACAACAUCUCCGGAGAUAUACCAACGCAGAUCUGUGGAUUGACUAGUCUACGGUUCUUGAAUUUGGCAAAGAACAGGUUACAAGGAGAAGUACCGAGCGAAGGUGUUUGUAAUGAUCCUUCCAAGGCAUUGUUCUCUGGGAACAAAGCGUUGUGUGGGAGAGUGAUUGGUUUGGAUUGCAAGAGUGAUGAGAAGACUUUGCUAAGUGCUUGGGGACUCUCAGGGAUAGUGAUAGGGACCAUGAUCAUUGUCCUUGCAGCUCUUUUCUCUCUGCGGAGAUAUGUUACGAGAAGGAGAGUGAAUGAUCCAGAGGAAAGCUUCGUCGAUGAUCAGAACCUCUACUUCUUGAGCGGAAGCAGAUCGAGAGAGCCGUUAAGCAUCAACGUGGCUAUGUUCGAGCAGCCGCUUCUCAAGGUGAGUUUAGCAGACAUCGUGGAAGGAACCGACCGUUUCUGCAAGAAAAACAUCAUAGGAGACGGCGGGUUCGGGACGGUUUACAAAGCGUGCUUACACGGAGGGAAGACAGUAGCGGUUAAGAAGCUGAGCGAUGCCAAGACUCAGGGGAACAGAGAGUUCAUGGCGGAGAUGGAGACUCUAGGGAAAGUGAAGCAUCCUAAUCUUGUCUCUUUGAUUGGUUACUGCUCCUUCAGCGAAGAGAAGCUUCUUGUCUACGAGUACAUGGUGAACGGAAGCUUAGACCAUUGGUUGAGGAACCAGACAGGGAUCCUGGACGUGCUAGACUGGUCCAAACGGUUGAAGAUAGCGGUGGGAGCUGCGAGGGGGUUAGCUUUCUUGCACCACGGUUUCAUCCCUCACAUCAUCCACAGAGACAUCAAGGCGAGCAACAUUCUUCUAGACAGCGAGUUUGAGCCUAAGGUUGCGGAUUUUGGGUUGGCGAGGCUGAUCAGCGCGUGUGAGACUCACGUGAGUACCAUCAUCGCAGGCACGUUUGGUUACAUUCCACCGGAGUAUGGUCAGAGCGCACGAGCCACGACCAAGGGAGAUGUGUAUAGCUUUGGGGUGAUUUUGCUGGAGCUGGUGACGGGGAAAGAGCCAACGGGUCCUGACUUUAAAGAGAGCGAAGGAGGGAACUUGGUUGGUUGGGUUGUUCAGAAGAUCAACAAAGGGAGAGCUGUGGAUGUUUUGGACCCUCUGGUUGUGGCAGCGGGUUUCAAACAGGCCAUGCUACGUGUGCUUCAGAUCGCUGUGCAUUGUAUUGCUGCGACGCCUGCUAGUCGUCCGACUAUGUUAGAUGUCCUGAAGUCUCUCAAGGAGUUAUAGGUAGACUUUAUGUUUGCUUGUUGUAUAAGUAACUACAUCAUGUGUGAUGAUGAUGCUAAUGUUAACCUUGUUAAGUUUAUAAAAUCAUGGAACUUACAGAAAUGCCCCUCUGCUUUCAAAA